UUCUGCCCGUGGACGCCGCCGAGUAAGCAUCGUUAAAGUCUCCCCUCCCACCGCCGUCAUGUCUAAGUCAGAGUCUCCCAAAGAGCCUGAACAGCUGCGGAAGCUCUUCAUCGGAGGUCUGAGCUUUGAAACAACCGAUGAGAGUCUGAGGAGCCAUUUUGAGCAAUGGGGAACACUUACGGACUGUGUGGUAAUGAGAGACCCAAACACCAAGCGCUCCAGAGGCUUUGGGUUUGUCACAUAUGCCACUGUGGAGGAGGUGGAUGCAGCCAUGAAUGCAAGGCCACACAAGGUGGAUGGAAGAGUUGUGGAACCAAAGAGGGCUGUCUCAAGAGAAGAUUCUCAAAGACCUGGUGCCCACUUAACUGUGAAAAAGAUUUUUGUUGGUGGCAUUAAAGAAGACACUGAAGAACAUCAUCUAAGAGAUUAUUUCGAACAGUAUGGGAAAAUCGAAGUGAUUGAGAUCAUGACUGACCGAGGCAGUGGCAAAAAGAGGGGUUUUGCUUUUGUAACAUUUGAUGACCAUGAUUCUGUAGACAAGAUUGUCAUUCAAAAAUACCAUACUGUGAAUGGCCACAACUGUGAAGUAAGGAAAGCGCUCUCUAAGCAA